AUGGUCCACAACAUCGAACGUGUGGACCAGACACCUGUCCUAUCAGAUUUCGACAGUCAAAUCCGCAAGCUAGAUUCGCAUCUUGUGUCUUUGGCAAGUGAAGCAGAUCGCCAUCUUCUGACCAUCUUCGACGAAGGACCUGAGGCAUGUACAGCCGAAACUAUGUGGAUGCUCAGCCGCAUGUUCAUCUACGCUGCCCGUACUCGCCUCCACCGUUUUCGGGCUUUUAUGGACAUACCCUUAUUUUUAGAUAAAUACUGCGAUCUGGCGGCAAUCAACAACCAAACCUUCUCGCAUCAAACAUCCACUCCCAGGUGGGUGACGGACUGUGAGGCCUCAUUUCCGUUCACCCAACAAGAAUCCUCCAACAUCUGCCUCAAAUCCUCUCUUUCGAUAACGAGAAUAUAUCGGAAUCUACCAUAUCCAAAUCCCCUCGGAUCCGACUCUUCUGUGGAUGAUUCCCUGGUAACGGGAAGAUCCGCGCCUUCUGCAUCUUUCAGAUACCCUCAGACCAUCCCUUACUUUGCAUGCUCAGCUAUGCAAAGUUGCUAUGCUCUUUUGAUGAUAUUACAUCAACUGCGGGCGUCUUUGGCGACAGAUCAGCUUGCAGAUUGCUAUCACUUGCUCAAUAAGCCUGAUCCUGCAUCAGAGAUUGCUGAUGUCGAGAGGUUGAGGGAGGAGCUGCAGCAUGGCGUGAGAGUCCUUGGAAGGAGCCUGAAGUCGGAUGUAAUCUUUGAGGGCGUCGGGGGUAUGGGCCGUGAGAUUGAGGGCGCCUAUUUGGCUGCUUUUCCUAAUUGCUUUGAGAUAUAG